AUGUCUUCAAUCUCUCUUCUCCUUCGCCGCGCAUUCUCCACCUCUGCGGCACCAUCUGCUGUCGCUAACUACAACAACAUCAUGCGCCAUGAAGCUGACCUCAAAAAGGUUGUGGAAACCUUCAAGAAAUACACCCAGGAUUCCAAUUUUCGCAAAAGAGCUUCAUUUUACGAGCACACUGUUCGACGUUUAUCCAACACCAAGAACUUCACUUUGAUUGAAGAGAUACUCGAAGAUCAAAAGAAGUACAAGGAUAUCACUGAUGAAGGUUUUACUGUUCGUCUCAUUACGUUAUAUGGGAAGUCUGGAAUGUUUGAUCAUGCCCAUAAACUGUUCGACGAAAUGCCUGAACUAAAUUGUGAAAGAACUGUGCUUUCCUUCAAUGCCCUCUUGGGGGCUUGUGUUAGUUCUAAGAAUUUUGAUAAGGUUGACGGGUUUCUAAGGGAAUUGCCUGUGAAAUUAUCGAUUAAGCCGAAUGUUGUGUCGUAUAAUACUGUAAUUAAAGCAUUGUGUGAGAUGGGUUCUUUUGAUUCGGCUUUUUCGUUGCUUGAUAAAAUGGAAAAGGAGGGGUUAAAGCCUGAUUUGAUUAGUUUCAAUAUCCUGCUUAAUGCUUUCUACAAGAAUUCUAGGUUCUCUGAUGGUGAGAGAUUGUGGGCUAUGAUGGAAAUUCAUAAUGUAGUUCCUGAUAUCAUAAGUUAUAAUUCGAAGGUAUAUGGACUGAUUUUGGAGAGUAGGAUUCAGGAAGCUGUGGACUUUGUUCAAGAAAUUACAUCCAAGGGCUUGAAGCUUGAUGUGUACACUUAUACUAUUUUGUUCAGAGGCUUUUGCAGUGAUGGGAAGUAUUUAGGAGAAGCUAAAAGAUGGUUUGAUGAAAUGAUGAAAACUAAAUGUCCACCAAACCACCUGACAUUUGCAAUAUUGCUAAGAUAUGCUUGUAAAAACAAUGAUUUCCACUUUGGUUCCCGGUUGUGUAGAGCGUUGUUUUAUCGUCGUUGUCGGUUAAAUGAGGUGGGCUUGCUGCAGAAGGUUGUUGAUGGGGUAGUGAAGCAGAAAAAUAUCAGGGAAGCAGAGGAAGUGCUUGUUCAAGGAAGUGUGCCUAAUGUGAAAAGUCUAUCUGUAAUCACAGGGAUAAAGGUGCAAGAUAGGCCAUUUGAAGACAUACAAUUUAAGCCUAAGGGUUCUAAGAAUUCUAGUCGCACGGGUUUCUCCCAAAAGAAUCAGAGACAAACCUGUUUAUCUGGUAAUCAAUUUGUCUCCAGUGCUAGCUGCAUGCAGAUCUUAUUAAGAAGUAUGUUUAAGUUGCUGGCAGAUUUGAGUGUAUGA